AUGGUCUUUCAUGCGGACCACGCGACAUUAGGAUUGGCUCACACAAACAUAAAAAUCCCUGGACAUGCCUCGUUCUCUUCUGCGGGAUCAUGCUUACAAUGGACAGCUGAUGGUCAACUACUGGUUGUCACCAAAGAUGCUAUUCACAUCCUUGUAAAAUUUCGGUUUGGCCAGACUCCAGAGAAUGCACAUGACACCAGUCAUCCUCAUCUGAAAUUGGCUGAUAAAUCGAUUGCUUGGGCGCAGACGAUCAUCGAAUUCGACCAAAUCAAUAUCCGAAAGUGGCCCGACCGUUCUCAAGAAUGGGGAGCGGCGGCUCUCGGAUCUCUGGACACAGGCCUACGAGCGGUCGCGCGUUCGCCGAGCAAACUAAUGGCAGGUAGUGGAGGGUUUUAUUUGUGGAAAAGAUGUGUGGUAGCCGUUCUCAGCUCCAACUUCGAUUUAUCUCUCUGGGCUUCUUCGAAGAACAGAUAUAAAGGGCGAUGGAACAAGAUUCAAGAUGUGACGUCUUGGUUGGAGCUCCAGCUUUCUGCACGUUCUAGCCAAUCCCGAUCUGAAGAAACGAUACAGGCACAAGUGACAUGCGAAAUCCAACUAGCUUAUGGCACCGCCGAUGGCGAGGUUGGUGUUGUGACCAUAACACAAGCGCUCGAAGCAAUCCCCACUGUUUCUAUUUUCGGUCCGACAUAUAACCUUACGGCGAGUUUUGGAAACCAGACUGAAACAGUCACUGGUGCAGAUAAGCGGGGACUCACAACCUUGGCCUGGAUUCGCGCCGAUAAAAACGUAAAACGGUUUCUAGCGACCCUUGCUGGCCAGCUCUUGCUAGUGACUUUCACAGUUCAAAGCUUUCAGUACUCUGUCGUUCUAUAUUUGAGCGAACCGAGCUCGAAAAACCCACUGUGGCCGACAGAAAUUCCAUUUUUGGGUUCACGUCAUUCGAUGAGCAUGGGGAUUUUACUUGGAUUCAAGACUAGCUUUUGGAAAUACCCCGAAAUUCAUGGUCUAGAGGAUGAGCUCCGCCAGGUCUUGACCACAUCGAGAGCGGGGUAUAGCCCUGUUCAUCUGCUUCGCCCCUUCUUUACACGUCUUCCCCAUUGCCCUGAACUGCAGUCAAGGGUUCCGGCCUUAUUGGACUCCACUCCUGAAUCCCUUCAGGGGUUGACAGGUGCUUUGCCGACGGCCAAAGCCACAUGCCAUGAUCCGUUGGACUUUCCUUCUCUCGAGCGAAAUUUCCGCGAAAGCUUGACGAAUCAAUUAUUCGGCCAUGAUAUCCUCUUGCGGCUUCGGAUAAAACUCUACACCGCAGAAUUUCUAGGGAAAAUAACAGCAAAUGCUCAGAUACGCGCUGAAUGUGACCACGCAGUGUCAAAACUACUUUUUGACAUUUCCAAGAUAACACUACAAAUACUGGUCCGGCAUCUCAAUCUGGUCUUCGCGGUGUUGAAGGCUGAAGAUCUAGCCUUCGCGUCCCGCGUUGCUGAACAGGCUUCUCUUCCUGGUCGUUUUCCAGAACUUGUUGAGGAGGUCCAGCAAUUGUCAGACGCCAUAAAUAACUUCAAGUGUUCGUUAGACCAGGAGCAUGUUGAUAAGGUUCAAGAGUUGUGCCCUGCUUGCUGCUCCGAGGUGCUAAUGGGUAGCGCAACGACCAAUGGAACAUGUGCGAAUGGUCAUCAGUGGGGUAAGCUCAUGCAGCUCUGGUCCUUGCAUGCAGAGGCUCAUCUAAACGGACCUGAUUUGCCAGGUCGUUGCUCCAUUACUUCGUUCCUACUAUCUACUCCUCAUCUGAGAACAUGCGUAGGCUGUUCUCGCAAGGCCCUUUUGCCUGCUGCAAGUUCACCGGCCAACGUUAUACAACCUGAACAAGCCCGCAGCUGGGUUGUCCAAGCAUUCUUGGAAGCAUCGACUUGGUGCCUACUUUGUGGCAACAACUUUGCGUGUGUCUAUUAG